ACAGAACGACCAAUGUUACAUUAGACGAGUAAGAGAGCAAACCGGAGAAGAAGAGGAGGAAUGAAAACAGGAAUAACGGCCUGACGCAGUUAGACGGUGGUUAUAUGUUGGAGGAUAUGUCUUAUCGGAAUGGUUAACUCUAACGGACUUUGGAUGCUGCGGUCAGAAAUCUCCUCGUCGGUGUUCAAGGUCCGUGUUUUAACCACAGACAGCGGGUAGUAGUGACUGCAGAAGGCUUUUCUCUUCAAUCACUGUUUCAUCCCGUUAGAAGAAGAAAUGCGGAGGAGCUCCUCUUACCUCUGAGCUCUCUCCAAGAGCAUGAACUACAUUUCUAAAAGAGAAAAGAGCUGUGUAUUUUAAAGGUUCAUCUGUUAUCUUCAGUGAUGGCGAACGAGUUUGUUAAGAGUUUUGUGCAGGUUUGUAAAAACCUCCAAGAUCCCUGCCAUGUAGCGAGGUUUCAACAGUUAUGCGGCGUUCAAGGGACAUUUCCGGAUAAAACAACAAAGCCGGACAGUGGACAGCCUGAGCCGGACUGUUCCGGGCUGAGGAAGAGAGUCCAAUGCCCGGACGCCAGUGUGGGUAAUGGAGCAGCUGGGGACGCGACCUUAGCGCAGGUUAAUGGGAUGCAGGGUGACAACACAGCCAGGCCUGAUGGUCCAUCAUCGGCGGCAGCAGCUAAUGUCGACUCAGACACCACCAGAGCGAAACCCCUCCGGAGAAACUCCCUGACUGGAGAUGUAGGUCAAGAGUUCCUGAUCCACAACAAGUUUCUAUUCUACCUUUUCACGUUUGGGACUGAGCUGGGUAACGAGAUGUUCUUCAUCAUCUUCUUCCCCUAUCUUUUCUGGAACAUCGACGCCCUGGUCAGCCGGAGACUCAUCGUGGUCUGGGCCUGGAAUCUGUUCGUAGGACAGUCCACCAAGGACAUGGUGCGCUGGUCCCGGCCGGCUUCACCUCCUGUGGUCAAGGUGGAGGUUUUCUACAACUCUGAGUACAGCAUGCCGUCCACACAUGCCAUGACAGGGACAGCCAUACCCUUCUGUCUCUUCAUGUUGACAUAUGGGCGCUGGGAGGUGAGAAACCCCAGGUUGUGAGAUAUUAUCAUAUUAACCCAUGGGGCAAAGGGGUCAACUGUCUCAGGGACUAAGACUGCAGACCCUGGAGAGGUUUAAUAAGUACUAACAAUAGACGACUGAUAAUUUCCCCAUGUUCCACAAUCCCUGUGAUGAAUUUCUGGUUAUAAAACGUACUGAAUUUUGUACACAUGCCUCUACAUAGCCCACAAAAGCAAACAAGAAUGACAGCAGGAACAUCAAUUUUAUGUAUUUAUUUUACUGGAGGAUUAAUUAGAUGCUACAGAGACAGCCCAUGUCAAAUAUUUAUUGUGGCUUAAACACUUGUACUUUUCAAUACACAGUAGGGCUGGGCGAUAUGGGAAAAAGAUUAUCAUGACAUUUUUUUCAUACCAGUCCAUAUCGAUACAUAUCACGAUAUAAAAAAUGAAAUUUAACAGUGCUCAUUGGUGGCACGUCUUUUGCAAUGCAAUAAGCUACUGCAUCUGUGAGGUCUUUGUGUCGACAUUUUAUCGAAAGGCGUUGCGCUAGAUAAAGCGGACUGAAUGGUUAGGUAUUUCAGGACUUUGCGAGAACAUGUACUCAACAUAAUUUGCAGUGCACAUGACUCUGUUUCAUGUCCGACCUAAAAAAAACAAUAUACCUCCACACCACAGAAAUUUUCGUGCCAGUGUUGUCGAUGAAGUCAUAAUCUGUUGAGCCUCCAUCUGCAUAUCUGCUGGGGGUAGCACUAAUUUUCUUCUUUUCUCACCAACAGUGCUGUCGGCUUCAUGUGUUAAAGUGCUAUGGUUGCGUGUAGCUGCAGCCUGCUAAUACGCAGUUGUUUGCUAGUUGGUUCUAGUUCAGCACAUGAAUGGUUUAGCACAGCGCGGACCUGGAGCAACUUCCCCUUUUAUUGGCUAUUUGUAGAGUCUACCAAAACAUGGCAGAGUGCCGACUAUUGAAAGGCAUAUUGACCAUGUUUUAUAUUAUAUAUUGAGGGAAAUUAAUUUUCGAUAUCAGUAUUGUUUUAUCACCCAGCCCUAAUACACAGGGUGAAUUUUUUCAACACUGCGUAUGCAUGUUUAAUACAAAUUAAGUUAGUACAAACCAGAAGCUCAUCACAGGAGCUCUAUGAACGUAAGGUUCUCAUGAUCUGCCAGUAAUAAAAUAAAAGUGUUCGGACACUGAACUCCUGCUUGGGUUAAAAAAAAAAAAGUCUAUUCAUCCUCUUCAAGUUGCUAUUGUUGACAUUUUAUUGAUCAAAUUUAUCUUUAUUUACCUUAAUUUAUCUUGAGGACUUUAGCAUCGGUAUGGGUGCACACUCAAACUGUUAGACUAGCCAAUAAUUAAGCUUAAUAUAGAUGACAUAACUUUUUUUCAUGUCAUUCAGCUGAUAGAAUAAGACAAUCAGUUUGGCAUUUUUUUCCUCUUUUAUAUUUGGUUAACAGACAACCUAAAUAUACCGCACACAGAAUAAAUAUACAUUAAUCAAUCAUCGUAGUGUGCAGAAUGAUAAGACAUUUUUCCAGGAAUGUGUUAAUUUUUACAAGUUUCUGGACUUAAACAAUCAGUCUACAAUCAAGUUGUCUAGUUUUUUGUGUUCAAAUAUGGCCAAGUUUUGAUUUGAAAAAAUUCUGAAGUUCCUGUUUGGCAUAAUUUUAUCUUUUAAAUCCCACAGAUUUACAAAUCUGCCACAUGAUAUUCCAGCUUAGCUAAGGCUUACCUAAAGCAAACAGGAUGCACACACUGCACACAAAGGGUGGGAGGAACAAGGGGUUCAAUAGGGCCUCCCUGCUGUGUUAGUCCAGUGCAGAGCUGAUGCACAGUCUGGGACUAGAAAUGUGUUGUUACAGAUAACUUAGUGCAGUCUAAUACAUCUAUAUUGUGGGAGUGGUAGUGGUAGUGUUGUCCCUCUAGCCAUGAUCCACAGAGCCUUAACCUAUUUUCAUGGCAAAAAGGGAAGUUGAUGUCCAAAAGAUCUCUGACAUCACAUUGCCAGAGUUUCAGUGGUAGAAAACACAACAUGUUUUAAAUAAUGUUUGUGUAGGUUGAAAUUUAAAGGAACUAAACUGACCUCAAAAGAAAUAGGAAGUGCACAGCAUUUUCUCUGUGUCAUGAGUUUAGUGCUUUUACAUCGUUUUAGUCCUUGCGACCUGGUCAUGUAUGAAGCUCUGCAGUCCAGACUGAAUCACAAGCAGAAUUUGAAUGUGGCUUGUAGCUUUUGAGCGCCAUGUCAAAGCAGACUUGAGACAAUAACACUGGGUGUGUCAGAGAGGUGCAGGUGAGGAGCACAGAGGGAGGUUUGUUUUUAGAUAAACAAAAACUUGCUGUUCUACAUUGUCAGAGACAGGAAAAGGGAAGUGAAUGUUUAUUUUAGUCUCGGUAAUACUUUGUUGCACUUGAAGAAAGUAAGAGAGUUCACAAAGAAAGACCACGUCUUUUUGCCACUCCAUUUCUAUUAUGGUUAGGAUUUUGGAGGCUGGUUGUUGCUUAAAAGAAGGGUUCAAAAGUUUAAGAGUAUCAUAGUAUCAUUCGGGUUCAUAGACAGGUCAGGUCACAGAGCUCAAAGCAAUGAAGCCUGUUCACCUGCUGAUAGUGCUCUCACAGUUAUUAACUUACCAUGGUUGUACAAAGAGAUAAACAACAGAGUGAUUGUAGUAAGACUAGAUUACAAAGAUAUUAGGGAUGCACAACAUUGGACUUUUUCCCACAUCUGAUGUGCUGAUAUUUUCAGACUCAAAUUUGAAGACAAAAAGGAUGAUUGUCCAUGUUAUUUUUGAACAAAGUUUGUAGUCCAAACUAAAAAUCAGAGGCACUCUGGUACAAUAACAAUACCCAGGGAUAUGUCUACCCAUUUGACCCGGCCGAGUCUUCAUCAGGACAGCAAACUUCCUGAUAAGGACUCAGCUGGAAAGGGGCCUAAACAAGCAUUAAUGUUUAUUUUUAAUUUUUCUUAUUAGAGUUGUUGCUGUGCAGCUGCACAAAGGCUAUGAGUGAACACAGGACGUGGUCUGCAUGAACUUCCUGACCUCCUCUGGUGUUACCAAGUUCACAGUUUUCAAGAAGAGUGGGGUUUCAGUGGAAGUGGUCACAUAAAAAGAUUAGAUGAACCUUGAAAGUGUUGGGUCAGUGGUGUUGAAAAGAUAAGCUGUGCAUGUGUUUGACUUCAGGGACAGUGAUGAAGAUCAGUUGUUUAUAAGCCAUUCGAUUAAUUAUUGUAAAACAUGUGACAGAUAUUGUUACAUCUUUAGUUUUGUUUAAUACCUAAACUGUUGAAAGUGUUAUUGUAAUGACAUUCGUAUUUAAAGUUAUGGCAACCAAAUUCUUGGUCGACUAAAACUCUGAAACUUUCCGUUCCGACUCCGACGGCAAAGCCUUCUACGGCGGGGGACGAUACGGCUCGGCAAACCGUGGUUCGGUGGGGUGAAAAUCUACUGAUAUCAGCACAAGAAGGCAAUUAAACACAUAUAUUAUACUCGACAAACCACCGGACAUUGAUUAAUGUGGACGCUCUUCAGCCUUCACAUCUCCAGUCGGUCUACAGCGGGUAGGGCGAAUCCAAAAUGUUUAAAAUAAGGGGGGUGUUCUGAGACAGACUGUUACCUGUGAAACGUGGGUGCUCGGAAAAUACCCCCGUUAGCACUUGGUAUGUUCCUCUUGAUGAAAUUAAUCAUAGACUGUGAAUUGACGCGUAAAAAAAUCCGGUCGACCAAUCAGAAUUUUGGUCGACUCAGCACGUAUCGACCAGUCGAUUAGGUCUUAACAGCCCUAGGAAACACCGUGCUACAAUUUCUGUUUUUAGAGACCUUUGCUUAAAUUCUUGAGAAGAGCAAAGCUUAGAAACAUCCUCUGUUGACAUUUCCUGCACUAAGAUUAACAAUAAGUGAUGUGUAUGAUUGUUAAGAACAAGUAUGUGAGGAGAUCAUGCACAGAGACUAUAGGUUUAACUUUAUCCACAAGGGAGGCAGUCUCAAAUGACCAUCACAUGAGCUUUAACUAUUUAUUUCUGUCUUUUUGCUCUUUUUCCUUGUGUAGUACUCCUUCCUCUUCGGCUUAUCUGUGGCUCUCAGCUGGAGCAUCCUGGUCUGUGUAAGCAGGGUCUAUAUGGGGAUGCAUUCUAUUCUGGUGAGUAUAUGAGACAAAAUAUAAAAAAGUGAUUAAUCUUUUAUAAGAAUAAGAUAUAGCGUGAGAGUGAUUCCUGAGAAAAGCUCCUUGGAAGAUGCACAAUUCUGUGCUCAGACACUUUUGUUGAAGUAUUAAACUAUCUGGAUAUAAAGAAUAGAAUCAGUCAUUUCUGUAUGUGAUUUUUGCAGGUGAACUGAUUCAUGAUACAUUCAUGCACAAUACAUUCUCAUGACCUAUUUUCAAUGCUAAUUGCACACUCGGGAGCUUUUCAUUUAUGAUUCAUGGAAAUAUUCUUGGUAUGUAGAUCCUAUAAACAAAUCAAAGUCAGAAGAUAAGGUUUGAUUAGAUUCGGUAGCCAGGCAACUGAUGAUAGCAGAUACUGUUUGUGUUCUAAUGGUUCUUAGAAAGUGAUGCCAAUGUUUCCAUCGGGACCUUAUCAGGUUUUAUAGGAGAUGUUAGGACUUUAUAGACCUUAAACCUUUGAAAAAAUGUUUUAGUUCUCUAAUUAUUCUGCAGCACAUCAUUACAGUAAAUGAUCCCUUGAACUAUUAAAGCAAAGCAGGAUGACAUUUUUGUCUGAAAACAUGGACUACACGGUGUGAGAUCAGCAAAGAGAGAUUUUACUUUGUCAACAGGGGGUGUAGAAAUCAGGAGCUCAAGAACAUUACCUUUUUAUAAGACUGCUGCCUUUGAAAAUGUAUGAAUGAGUCAUAAAUGUGUUUUUAGUAAUAAAAUUGUCUUCCACUGUGCAUCCUCCUGGUUUCAAGAAAAUUUGUUUUUUUUUUUAUUUUGCAGGAGGUAAUCACUGGCUUCCUCUACACCCUCCUUAUUCUUGCCUUCUUCCACCCAACUUUGGACAAGAUCGACAACUUCUACAUGAUGGACCGCUACGCUCCUCUUGUGAUCAUCAUGUCACACGUCAGUCUGGGACUUGUGGCUUUCUCUCUGGAUUCCUGGAGCACGUCUCGGGGCGACACAGCUCAGGCACUAGGCACCGGAGCAGGAGCUGCUUUGGCCACUCAUGUGAACUACCAACUGGGGCUUCAGCUGGAUCCGCCUCUAUCCUCACUUCCUCUAACUCUACCGACGCUGAGUAUCAAGUUGGUGGCUCUCUGCCUGCUGCGCUUCUUCAUCGGAGUGGCUGUCAUCCUCAUUACCAGGAUGGUUAUGAAAGCGGUGACUAUUCCUUUCUUGUGCCGACUGUUUGGGCUGCCGACCGAUGACGUAAGACGGGCAAGGCAGCACAUGAGAGUAGAGUUGCCGUACCGUUACAUUGUCUACAGUGUUGUUGGUUUCAGUUGUGUCAGUGUGGUGCCUCUCCUCUUUAAGAUCUUAAACCUUGCCUGAGUGUUUUGUGCUAACUGUCAUUGACUGCUGACAUGGUCACCUACCUGAUGAAGGCAAACAGCACUUACAGAAACAUGGUGCUUGAAACUGAAAUGAAGGAUAAAUGUGGUGAUAUUCUAUAGUUUUUAAUGUUGUCAGUAUUCCUCUGUGCCAUAGAGCUCUACUGUGGUUAAAUAUUUAUUUUAAAGUGAUCCACACUGUCUGAUUGGGUGACAUGUUCCUUUAAUAUGAUGAGUACGGGCAUUGUAGUUUUUGUUAUAAAUUAUUCAACAAACACCAUGCAGCUGAAAAUAGUCCCCUCUGAAAGAGCAGUAUUUAUUUCUGUUUCAGUGUCAAGCCUAAAAAUGACAGCAAGAGUAAUAUAGGCUGUUUAAACUCACAAGUAUUUAUGACCCUUUCGAAAAUUUUGUUCUGUGGUAUAGAAACCAGUGGGUUCAGGGCCAGAGCCAAACACUGAAGUGAAAAGUAUUGAGAGACUGAUUCAAGUAUUGAAGUUUUUUCUUCUUCUUUUGUACAUGUGUGUUUGUUUGUUAACGAAAACAACAUAGAACAUCACCAGCCUUAUCCUUUAAGAUCCAUGUACUGGCAACAUCUCAAAGCAUCAACUGAAACUUCAGAAAUACAGACUCUAUCAGAUGCACUGUAUUAAUGCUUGCAUUCAUUAUUGAGGAAUAUGUUGCACAUUUUUAUAAUUUGAUGAAAAAACGUGAUAUUAGAGAGCGAAGAAUGAACCAAGCUAUUGGUUAGAAGUGUGCGAAACUACUUCACAUCAUUUGUUGCUGUGCUUCAAUCAAGUCAGCCUGAAAGCAUUGAAGAAGUAUUUCAGCUCUCGAGUGGCAGGGUAGUUCUAUGCUCUUUAUUUAAAUCUUGUCAGAUUUUCCUCGCCCUUUGAGAGGGCCUGUGGUUUUAGUUCAGUUAUUGACAUUGUCACGGUCAGAACUCCCCCUUUAACUCUUUUUUUUUUGUACAUUUUAUGCUUCUUUUGAAAAAAACACAUUUGUAUUCUCUAUCCUGAUGUAAGUUACGUACUCUUGAAUAAUCAUUUGAAUGCGUUAAAUCAAAGUAUAUAUUUUUGAUGAGGAUUUUGCCAUAUUUACUAACCUGAGCUGAAGUGUUGUUUAAAAAAAACUAAAUCUAUUCAGAAUUGAUUUAGAAGAUUUCUGUCAGGAGAGAUUUCUGCUUCCCUACAGAGUAUAAAAACACUUUUUAAAGUGUCCUAAUUGUUUGUUAAUUGCUGUUGUAUUUUUCCAAUACUGCUUUAUGUUCAUAUCCAUUUCAGGAAACUAAUAACCAAGCAUUUAUACUUACAUCAUCUGCCAGCACAUGGGCAAUGUACAGUUGUAUUUUUACCAUCCAUUCUCCCAUCUUCUUCUGUUUGCAAGAACUAUAUGUUAUGAAAAGAAUCAUAAGAGGAAUAAAAUAUUACAAUAUAAGAAAAA